AUGUUGACCAGGAUUACUUUCACCUCCACAGUACUCGCAGCGCUUGCUGCUGCUGCUCCUGCGCCCCAGGUCGCUGGGUACACCAACGCAGACGCCAGCUUCUCGGUCUCUGACCCAGUCGGGUCAAUUGCCACCUCAUUCGGUGAGGCUUCUCAGAUUCCUUACAAGGCUUCGAAUCUGAUAGCCGUGCAGGCCCAACCCACCGCACCUGGAUCAGCUCCUCCUCGCAGGAGUUCAGAUGUCACUGGCGCAACCAGCCAUGGACCAUACUCUGGUCAGGCCACUGUCACGGGGGCGGCACAGGCACCAGCGACUCUGGGAACUGCUAUCGAGCCCCUUGGUCCGGCACCCACUGCCACAUACUACAACACCAAUGGCUUGCCGCAGAACCCCAUGCCUAUUCCAUACACACCGGCUGGUGGUCUCGGCACCAACGGCACCGAGCCUCGUUACCAGGUGAACAGCGACUUCGACUACGAGUCCAUCCAGCUCGGUCUCUACCAGGAGUGGAUCGAGCUUGACUUGUUCAACAACGGUCUUGCAGUCUUCUCCGAGCAAGAUUUCCUCGACGCUGGCCUUACUGCUGAGGAUCGCGCCUACAUUGCCUUCAUGGCUAUCCAGGAGACUGGCCACGCUACUCUCUUGUCGAACAUGCUUGGCGAGACAGCUGCCCCUCAAUGCACAUACGACUACCCCUUCCGCACUGUGCGGGAGUUCAUCGACUUCAACCAGAAGCUCACCCGCUGGGGUGAGUCUGGUGUCUGGGGAUUCAUCAACCACCUCGACUCUCGUGAGGUUGGUCAGCUUCUCUCCCAAUCUAUCGCUACCGAGGCUCGUCAGCAAAUCUCUUUCCGCCAGAUGCUCGGUCUUCCACCGCAGCCUGUGUGGUUCGAGGCUGGUAUCCCCCAGUCUUGGGCCUGGACGUACCUUGCACCUUACAUCAGCUCUUGCCCUGAGAACACCACUCGUCUCGCAUGGCAAAACUUCCCGGUCCUUCACAUCAACAACCAGGCUAACCCCAACCGUAUCUCUCCCAAUGACACAAAGCCUAAUGAGGUUUCCGGAAACCGCAUUGCUGACCCCAGCGACUCGACCAUUGCUGAGGAUGAGAGCUGUGUGAACGUCAACGCGACCGAGCACCCUGGUUACUCUUGCUCCCCUGGCAUUGCCCGCAACCGCUCUGAGCCUCUUUCUUUCCCUGGAAAGCUUCUCAACUUGACUUGGGAGGUGCCUGGACAGGCUGUUGGCCCCAACAACUCUUAUGUCACCUCCACCUCUGCUGGUGCACCCAAGUUCGUCGCUUGGGUCAACCAGCUUAACUUGACCUACACUCCGCUCGAGAUCACCGGCAACAAUUCUGGUUUUACCUACCAGCCUGCCGGCGAGGUUUACCAGGGCGACCCAAUGGCCAACGACACCAUGUUCAUUGCGCUUACCGACUCCGAUCUGUUCUUGACACCGUUCAACUUGAGCAUGAUUAACCCUCAUGUUGUCGCUCUCGGUCUUUACCAGGCCGGCUAA